AUGAGUCCGUCCGUCGGAAUCGAGCCUGGGGAGGGGACAGCAUCAUCGGAUCAGAAACUUGGAGAUGCGGGGAAUUUUCAGAAUCCUGUUUGGCUCACAGAAGAUCAGCGCGCUCCGGAAUCGAGGACAACAGCGAGGCACUGGUCCGACGUCUCGCAGGCCCGGCCCAGCCAGACCGCCACGCCGGGACCGGCCUACUUAACCCGACAGCUUUGCUGGGCCGCUCCGUCUCGGAAGCCGCGGCUCCCGUCCGUGCCGGCGGCGGGCGGGGCGGGGCGGCGACACGGCGCGACGGCGACGCGCAGGGCCGUCCCCCAGCUUCUGCGCCCCGGGCGGCAGAACCUCUACGCCCCGGACGGAAGCAGAGUUAAUCACCCAGUUUCUCUUAAGCUCCUGAGCAAGGCAGGUGCUAUCUGCAUGUUCAGCUGCAAGCUCAUCAUCUCUAGAGAAAACUGCUAGUUGUACAAACUAGUUUUUUCUAGUUGCAUCCACUUUGUCUCUGUCAGCAAGCCAAGAUGUCUCGCUCAUUUGAUUGAGUGCAUGGAGUGAUCUGGGGCUAUGGACACCUUCUCCCCUGAAGCUUAAAACCUGUAGUUUCUGUUUAGAUAUUGUAGGGUGCUGGAAUGUUUGGAACUUCAGUUUUGUACUCCUUUUUUGCUUUCUCUCUGCACUGCGAUAGGCGGAGGCCGGUGAACAGAUUUGGAAGUGGCUGUGAUGUGGUCUCCUUUUAAUGAACUGUUUUGCAAACUCUAGGCGUUGAAUCACAGAACUGAUACUGUAUCUGCUAAUGUGAUGCUAUUUAUUUACUUGCUUAGUUCAUGGAA